AUGCUAAGUUAUGUUAUAGCAGAUACAGUUAAUUUCUAUUAUACCUACAUGAUUGUUUUGUCAACACAAGAUCUCGGGAAAAUUUUGCGGUCGGGUGGCAUCUUGAAAGAUGGAGCUGCCACAAUUUCUGAGGAUGCCAACAGCACGUGUGCACUGAUCUCUGAAGAUCAGGACACCACGGCCACGGGCACGACGCCGAUCAGCGUUGCACCGAAGGAAUCCUACCGACGAAUGAUGCGCGAUUUCGGACAAAAAGACAGUCCGGAGCUGGACCAGUCCCAACUGACGGCGCCCGUUCACGAACAUAACACGUACACCAGAGCAUCGCCCAACUCAACCAUAUGGUACAUGUCCACCUAA